AUGUAUUGCUUCCGAGAUCUUACGAAAUGGCCGAAACUUCAUAAAAUCAGACCAAUGAGCAGAACUGAAGGAGCCGGUAAUGGCAUCGGUGACCUACUUGCCAUUUGUGGAAUUGAAGUUCCGCAAGCCACAUUACGUAUUCUCAAUGAAAAAUCGUUUUUCAGCCAAGCACAAUUCGACUUUUUCGAACGGAUUAUUCAUGAGUACAAACUCGACAGUGCAGUUGUAUCGGAGGCGGCCUACCAAUUGGGCGUGAUACAUGCUCGUUAUGCCGAAUAUGGCCUGAAGCCUCAUUUCCUUGAUUUAUGGCGGCAGCAUUUAGAAAAGGAGCCGGUAAUGGCAUCGGUGACCUACUUGCCAUUUGUGGAAUUGAAGUUCCGCAAGCCACAUUACGUAUUCUCAAUGAAAGAAAACCUGUUUUUCAGCCAAGCACAAUUCGACUUUUUCGAACGGAUUAUUCAUGAGUACAAACUCGACAGUGCAGUUGUAUCGGAGGCGGCCUACCAAUUGGGCGUGAUACAUGCUCGUUAUGCCGAAUAUGGCCUGAAGCCUCAUUUCCUUGAUUUAUGGCGGCAGCAUUUAGAAAAGUUGAUGGACAAACUCAACUUCGAGAAACCCGAAGAGAAAACCGAAUUCUGCGACUCAUUCCGAGACCUGACGCUAUACGUUACCGAAACAUUGAAUCUCGCCUACUCACGGUGUCAACAGCAGGCUGCUCUAUUAAAAUCCAAGGAGAAAUUGGCAGUACCGCCCUGA